GCGCGAGGCACCGAGUGCUCUGCUGCGGGAGGGGGGCUGCCGCUGCUGCUGGGGGGCACUGUUUGUUUUCUCUCGCGGACAUGAGGCUCGGGGCGGCGGGCAGCUGCAGCAGCAGCAUCAUCGCCGUUCGUUAGCGCCAGGGCGCGCGCCGCCGACCCGCUUCUAGAUCGCUGCUGCUCGUGUGUGCACGCGCGCCGGGAGGACGACGGGAACGACGACGACGACCACCAACACCGCCUCGACCACGACGACGCCGAGGAUGGAGACGCGGCUGCCCUGACGAGCGUCCUCCGUGAGAGCGCGAGAACCGCAGAGACGUGCCGCCAUGAGGGCGCGCGGGGCUUCCCCGGGCGGGCGCGGCGUAGCCGGCUAGCGCGCGCGGUUGCAGCACGGGGGCCCGAGGGCUGGGGUUAGCGCGCGCGGCGCGAUUGCAGCAGCAGCACCUACAGCACCACCACGGCCCUCCGCCUGACGCGGUGCGCGCGAGGGGGAGAUUAACCGUGCAGAAGAAGGAGGAGAAAAACAAGAGCGUCUCUCUCGUUAUUCGUCUGGAAUCUCAGGGAAAAUAUUAAUAAUAUUAUUAAUAAUAAUAACAAUAAAAAAAUAAAUAAAUGAAAAUGUCCUCUCGGUCUGCUUUGCCGUCUGCCACUGACCGGAGCUCGGAUCACCAUGCGUCUCUGGCGGCGAGUCGUUCGGACAAGGGCACGAGCGUGUCGAGCCGCUCCCUCGGCGCACGCUGCCGGAACUCCAUGGCUUCCUGCUCGGACGAUCAGCCGCACAUCGGCAACUACCGGUUCCUCAAGACCAUCGGCAAGGGCAACUUCGCCAAAGUUAAACUGGCCCGCCACGUCCUCACCGGCCGAGAGGUUGCAAUAAAGAUCAUCGACAAAACUCAGCUGAAUCCAACCAGCCUGCAAAAGCUGUUUCGGGAGGUGCGGAUCAUGAAGGCUCUUCAUCACCCCAACAUAGUGCAACUGUUUGAGGUGAUUGAGACUGAGAAGACCCUUUAUCUAGUCAUGGAGUACGCUAGCGGAGGUGAGGUGUUUGACUACCUGGUGUCGCACGGGAGGAUGAAGGAGAUCGAAGCGAGAGCCAAAUUCAGACAGAUCGUCUCUGCUGUUCAUUACUGUCACCAGAAGAACAUAGUCCACAGGGACCUGAAGGCAGAGAACUUGUUGCUGGACGCUGAUUCGAACAUUAAGAUAGCAGACUUUGGUUUCAGUAAUGAGUUCACGUUGGGUAAUAAACUGGACACGUUCUGUGGAAGCCCCCCGUACGCGGCCCCUGAGCUUUUUCAAGGCAAGAAGUAUGACGGGCCAGAGGUGGACAUCUGGAGCCUUGGGGUCAUCCUCUACACACUGGUCAGCGGCUCGCUGCCCUUCGAUGGACAAAAUCUAAAGGAGCUGCGUGAGCGUGUGCUGAGGGGAAAAUAUCGAGUGCCCUUCUACAUGUCCACUGACUGUGAGGGAAUCCUGCGCAGGUUUCUGGUGCUCAACCCAAGCAAGCGCUGCACUUUAGAGCAAGUGAUGAAGGAUAAAUGGAUAAAUUCAGGGUACGAGGGUGACGAGCUAAAGCCUCAUGUGGAACCAGCUGAGGACUUCAGUGACCCCAGCCGCAUUGAGGUGAUGGUUGGGAUGGGUUUCACUUCAGAGGAGAUUAAGGACUCGUUACUCAAUCACAAAUAUGACGAAGUCACUGCUACUUACCUUCUGCUGGGCCUGAAGACUCAGGACGGCGCAGAAUCACGUGUGAGCGGCAGUAUGACGUUGCCGAGGGUGAGGCCGAGCCCCAUCACCAACGGAACAAACAAGCACUCCACGGGCGGCGCUGCCGCUUCUUCAUCAUCAUCCUCCUCUUCCUCUCACAGCAAGACCCAGCGCAGCGCCUCCACUUACCACCGCCAGCGGCGGCACAGUGACUUCUGUGGUCCAAGCAUGCCGGUGAUGCACCCUAAGCGUAGCCCGACGAGUGGGGGAGAUCGUGAGCUGCGCGAGAGCCGGAUGCCACCUCGUAAGGCUAGUUGCAGUGUGAUGGGCAGCCGCAGCCUGCCUCCGUCCAGCCCAAUGGUCAGCAGUGCCAACAACCCCAACAAGGCAGAAAUCCCAGAACGCCGCAAGGACAUGACAGCUACUACUAAUAACAUCCCUGGCAGUGCGAUGACACGUAGGAACACGUACGUGUGUACGGAUCGGCCCAGCGCUGACCGGCACUCCCUACUGCAGAACGGGAAGGAGAACAGCUCUCUCUCCCACCGUCUCCCCCCCACCUCUCCCUCCACUCUCAGUAUUGCAGGUGCUGGAGCGUCCUCCUCCUCCUCCUCGGGUGAGCGCUGCAGGCUGACUCGCGGCUCCACCAUCCGCAGCACCUUCCACGGUGGUCAGCUGCGGGAACGAGUGCCCGCCGCUUAUGGACCCCCGCCCACCUCGCCCACGCUGGGCCACGAACCGGCCGCCCUCCCGCCGCACACGCGCUCCAGAGCCACGUCGAACCUGUUCACUAAACUCACCUCCAAACUCACCCGCAGGGUCACAAAUGAACCUGAGAGAGUCGGCCGACCUUCGCUCUCAGGUGGCUAUCUAUCUGGGGAUCAGAAAGAGGCCGAGCCCUGGCCCAGGGGAGGGGGGUGGUGGGGGGAUGUGAGGCUCCGCCCCUCCAGGCCCCCCCGCCCCCCCGCUCAGGUGGUGUUGGCUGUGCGCGAGGCGGCGCGGGGGUGUGGCUGCCAGGUGAGCCACGCCGGGCCCUUCCUGCUGCGCUGCAGCCACGAGGCGUCGGGGUCGAAGGUCGCCUUCCAGGCCGAGGUGUGUCAGCUCACCCUGGGCUCAGCCGAGACCAACGGCGUACGCUACACACGCCUGUGGGGGGCGCCGCUCGCUUUCAGACACAUCGCCUCGCAAAUCUCCAGAGAGGUGGAGCUUUGAGGGGAGGGGCCUAGCUUGGUGCAGGACACGCCCCCUCUUUCUCUCUGUCAUCAUGACAAACAGACCUGGCCCCGCCCACCUCUCGUUGCGUAGACUGCUCCCUCCUCCAGCUGAUACACACAGACACACUAGGGCUGCACAAUAUGGAUGAAAAGAACACCAUAUUGCAGUUAUAUUGCCACGGUAUGUGGUGGCGAUACGUCAUACACUAAGAUCCUUGACCACUGAAGGAUGGCCUGUAUUAAUUUAGACUAAAAUAAUUCUUUUAGACUAAAAUGGACAUCUGUGAUUGGCAGUAAAACACAGUAAACAAAGUAGCGAUAGUCUCAUUUGCAUAUCAUAGCUUUCUACGAUAUCAGUAUUGCGAAAGCCGAUAUCACGAUAAUAAGCAAAUAUAUUGCGCAGCCCUAAUAAACACACACACACACAUGCACACACACACACACACACACACGCACACACACACACACUUCUCCUUGAAGCAACCUCAUCCACAGGACCUGGAUUGAUUCCAGAGUAGUAUUUUUAUUCUUGUUCUACUCAUGAAAUUCCUAAUUCUGUUAUUCACGUCAUUCAUUUUUUUUACUAUUUUGUAUGUUUUCUCAGCGUUUUUAAGGGGUCACUUUUUUGUUUUUUAUUGUUUCGCGUGUUUCAGGUCGAGUCCGAGACGUCAUGUAGAUCUUUAUCUUUCUGAGAACAAUGUGCAAAAAUAUGUACCCGAAAGAAAUCACUAACCCAAGCCCCCCCAGCCACCGCCCACUCACGACUUCUCAACACGCAGCCGGAGUCCUGUUGGUCAGCAGAUUUCAGAUCAGAGCCAAACAAUCACAGACUAAUGUUAAAACUAUUACAUCAGAUCUGUCGGUGCUCUGAUGAUACCGUUAAUUGUCAAAGCGUCUGCCCAUUGGUUUCCAUCAUAAAUGCAGCCGUACAGUGUAUGUAUACAUACAUAAAGCCGGAUUUCUUGGUUUAGCUUGAUAACCUAAGCCAAACGUUGAGUGCGUUCAGUAGGAAAGGGUCGUUCUGAUUGGACAAUCCUCACUUUUGCAGCUUACCUAGAAAUCCUUCUUUGUGUAAUCCAGCAAACUUCAAAAAUCUGGCCCUUUUAGAGCAAAUCAGGAAUCGUUUCUAUGUAGCAUUUCAAGUAGCAGCAACAAAAAAGCAAAUUUGACCAGGUCGAAACCACUUUCCUUCUGUUCUAACGCAGACUGUGAUGGGUUGAUUCUUCACUUUUACAGCGUCACCCCCACAUCUUACUUCCUAAUUUCCUGGGAAUUACCCCUCCACUUGCUUCCUUUUGUCCAAUCCGAGUAGAGCUGAGUGUUGUCACAGGAAUUGAGGCUGUCCCCGUGAUCUGAAGCACCAUCAUAUAUGCUUGGCUUUUGAUAGAAGAUACAACCAGACUAUUAGACACAAACGAUGGAAGGUAAGGUUAAGGCUGCGCGAUUUGGAUAAAAUACAAAUAUUACGACUCUUCUGCUACAUAUUAUGACUGCGAUACAGCUUGAAACACACUGAAAAAAACACUGGUCUGCAUUAUUUUUUACUUUUUUUGAAUAAGGUGAAUAAUCUUGAUUAAUGAAAACACCCAAUGAAACUCAUCUGAAGCUGUGGUUGGCCAGGAGGCUCAGCACUCAAUCUAAAAAUUAUUGAAUUGGUUAGAGCACCAUUGGCAUAUUGAAGCCUUCUGCAGUAGGCCAGUUUUUUUCCAAACGAUAUAUUGUGCAGCCCUAAUCAGUAUUUUGAAGGUUCUUCUGUCAGUGUUCUAGAGUCUAAAUCUUGGUAGAACUCAGCAUUGCAGUUCAGUAUUUCCAUAACAAAAAGUUGGCCUUGUGGGCCCAGAUGAAGACCUUAUAACAAGGAUACACAUCUAGGGAGAACUUAUUCAACUUUUGGUGCUGCGUUGUGCCACAAACAGGCCUUGGCCCCCUUUAGAACCCACCACAAACUCCUGUAGUCUGUGUUCUUAACAUCCACAGAAAUUAGUAGGACAAGCAAGUCAAACUAGCUUCCAAAACACUAUGGUUAGCUAGCGUUUCCCCACCAGACAUAUUCGUUUUUACUGCAUGUAAUGUUCUCAGCACGUGAGGGACUUUCCAGCUGUGCUAUUUUACGCUAACUUGUCCGUCUGGCAAUGCUGAUGAGGCCCCUGUGUUGAGCUCCGCCUUCACAAGGCGUUUCGAAAUUUCGCUCAGUUUGUUUCCACCUGAAAGACUGAGCAUAAGUGAAGAUACCUCAUCAGUCAGUUGGAUUGCAACCAUGACUUCCAGGUGACAGUAGGAAGAUCACUCACCAUAGCAAAUGGGAAUCCUCCCAGUGUGUGACGUAUAUAUUUCAAAUACUUUUAAUUUUCUCCUAGAAAAUUAAAUGACCACAGAAAAAUGAUAAGCUGCCUCCUUCCUUUGUAAAUUGUGCUUGCCAGCAAGCAGAUAGGCUGCCAGCUGGUUGGUGCUGUUGUGAGUGAAUGGCUAGCUUUCUCCUGUAGAGAGUAAGGCCCAAUCCCAUUUCACCCUGUGCCCCUACCAGUCCUACCCCUCCAUUUUUUGCGCUCACGCCUAGGGGUAGGGUGCCCCGUUUCCUGUUGGGAAUAUGCUCCAUUGCAUAAAACAGAUGGAUUCAUCAAACGUUCAUCCAGAAUUGCUAGCAUUAUAUAUGCUAGCGUGUUGUAUAGCUAGGCUAACAGUCUGUCCUACAUACCACAAACCAAUUAACCGGCAUUCCCAGGCGUUGGAGGCAACCUUGUUUCCGAUUUGCUGCAGACAGCCGCAAAAGGAUGCCUACUGGCCGAUUAGAAAUAUCCAUCAAAACUUGUCACGUCAGUUUACGUAAAAGUCAUCAGCGACUACUGAUGACGUGUCUGGUUCUUUUUUUAACAUACGUUUACAUAUUUUGGAUUUUUUCCAGUUUUCUCCUCAACUUAGUCACAUCCAGUCUCACCCUCGAGUUAGGACUCUCCCAAUCACACAAUACCACCAGCGCUCAGCCUCCUCCCAAUCUUUUUUUGAACUGCCUCUAACGCAAGUUCAUUGGACAGCUGAGGAAAGCGCUGACGUCUGGUUCUGUUCCGGAUUGUUUGGGGGUAGAGGAAGGGCCAUCCUACCCACCCAGGAAGAGCGAGGCCAAUGGUGCUCUUUAGGCCAUGAAUGGCUGUAGCAUUACUGGGGAUUGAACUCGCGAUCCCCUGACAACAGAGCUGGCACCAAGAUAGCUGCGCCACUCUGGAGCCCAUGUCAGGUUCUUGAAGAGAUGUACCGUUUUGUAGAGGAAGAUUUCAACCACUACCUGUUGUAAGUCAGUUCCACGAAGCAAGAUGAUUCUCGAAAAACAAGGGUAAGGGGUAAAAAUACAAAACUGGAUGGGGCCUAAAAGGCACAGAGCACCACCUAGUGUACUGAAAGUUCACCUGUUCAAAGUUCACCUGGAUGCAGGUUUAAUGAUUUUAGAGAAAAUACCUCAAAUGUGCAGCCAAUGUCAAAAAGAAGGUUCAGUAUUGACGGCUAUGCUUACCAUUUUAUCGCCCAACAGUUGAGUUGUGGCUACAGCAAUAAUCAUAAAAAGGGGUUUAACGUUAGUUGAACGUCGGCAAACUAACACAUUAACUUAUAAAAGUAAAAUGAAUGCAAAACAGUGCAGAAGAAAACACCCCAGAACGAAGCCCACCCAUCCUAGUGACUCCACUCAGCUCAGCUCAGUUCACGCUUCAUCCACCUUUCUGUUUGUUUCCCACAUCUGUUUUCCCGUGUAUUCGGUUUGUGAAAAGAAAAAGAGGAACAAAAAAGAAAAAAGCCCUCCCGGUCGUGAGCGCUCACCCGCUGAAUCAUGGGAAACUCCUCGUCUCAUCGUUUCUUCUGCUCAGUGAUCGGACUCCUGUAGCGGAGACGCUUCCUGUUCCCAAACCCCGAGCAGCGCAUGUGUGGAAGACGAGUGCGGGUCCGGUCAAGGUCCCAUCAGAUCUGGACAGCUGGACCGCGUGUUUAAACGAAAACAACAACAACAAAAAAAACAACAACAAAACAAAAAAGAAAACGUAUGUUUAGACCUCCAUGCACUCGCUUUGACUUGAAUCAGCUGCAUCCUAUGGCUACUUUUGGGUCGUACCCGAAUCCUGCCACCGGAGGGCACUAAUGUCUUAAAUGUGAACACUUCAAUUUGUGGAUAUUUGCACAGGUACUUAAUUUAUUUUCUAGGAUAAUUAUCUUGGGAGAGAAAAAAAAAAUACAUGAUUUAUAUCAGCCAGACUCUGACUGCAUAUAAAGAUGAAGACGAUGAUGAUGAUAAUGAAAAUAAUAUGACUAUAGUAUUUAUCUUAGAACCUCCAGGUUAAUUUCUAGCUAGUGCAGAAAUACUCUGCUAGCUCUCCAGAACCUUCUAUGUGUGGUGAAGACAAACAGUAACCUGCAGUCAUGCAUGACACCGAAAGAGAGGGGUCGAAGAAGGAAGGACGAGCGAGAGGUCAUUAGAGAGAGAGAGAGAGAGAGAGUGUGGCUCAGAUUCUCCAGGUUUCGCCAAUGCAGAUAAACAGUGUUAGUGGGUGAAGUGCACAUGUCUGAGUGCGUCUAUGACCUCAUUCACACCUGGUCAUUUCAUGUGUAUUAAAACCAGAUAGGGAACAAAAAUGCAGGUGUGAACACAGUCAUUUAAAACAGAUUCAAAUCUGGGCCCUCUGACCACUUCGGGAGACACAGUUUGGCCAGUAUAAAUGCAUCUUUCUCUUCAAGCCAUGUUCAACAACCAAAACCCCUCCCACUGCUGUGACUCCUCCUUCUGCUGUUCUUCAUGUGAAGUAGGCUCCGGCCACUGGUUGUACACAAUUAAUGAAAGACAUCACUACUUCUUCAGUUCAGCUCUUGACGUGAGUUUCUUUGAGUUUAAUUCAGUACUAGCUAAAAUAGCAGUUUGCUUAACCUUCAUUCACUUUCUUGCUCUACUACAUUACUUUUUAACGCAGGUGGUCUGCAGUGAUUAAUACAGGGGGCUGAUUAUUCCAAACAUCAGUGUAAAGUCUUAGGACGUGAAUAACGCCAUGCAAUAUUGCCUUUUUCAAAAGCUUCACACUUAAAAAUGAUUCUUUAAGGGUUUUGUUUAGAACAGAAAACGGUUCUAUAUGGAACCAUGAACACUCAGAGAACCCUUUGCAUGAUUAAAGGGUUUUGUGUAGUACCAAAAGGGUUCUUCUAUUGUUACAGGCUAGACAUUGUCACAAUACAACAACGCUUUUUGGUGCUAUAAAGAACCCUUUUCAAAAAGGUUCUAUAUGUAGAACAAUCUACAGCACAUUCUCUGUCAAUCUGAGGAACCAUGUCACCAUGCAAAGAACCCUUUGAUCAUGCAAAGAGUUCCUCAUGGUUCCAUAUAGAACUGUCUUCUUUACUAAAGAACCCUUGAAGAACCAUCGUUUUUAAAUGUGAAAUUUUAUGUUUAAGCAUCUUUUCGACAGAACAGUAAAUGAGGAACAACACAGGUGAUUGGCUGUUGCACAUGAGCUGAUUUGCAUAUUACACGCCAUAUUGAACUGAUGUCAUGUUGUCAUUCUGUAGUAUUAUGGAGUAUUAGGACCUCAUGUAAGCACGCUGUGAAUAGUGAUUAAAGUCAUUAAGGAGCCAAAUUAGAGCCGUCGAUUCAUGCAAUCUAACAGAAGCCAACAUACAUGGAAUUAAGACUGGCAGCCUCACCAAAAUACCCCAAACAAACCAGCAAGUGUGUUAGUUAGGUAACAUUAGCAGUAGCAGCUCAUAGAUUCAGAGGCUGGUGCUACAUAACAGUGUUUACUUCUACACAUAUAUUUUCAGUGCGCAGGAGUGUUGGCUCGCCUGCAACGAAGAGUCGUAUGCAAGUUUGGACAGCCUUGGUCAAAUUAUAUGUUUUGUUAGUUUGUGAAGUUUAAUUAUGUUAAUACAUCCUUUACAGAGAACAAAGUUUGUUUCACAUGUUGGGCCAAGUUUUGUUUUCUCAAAAUGUUAAAUUUAGCAAAUUAGCAGUAAUUUUGUAUUAAAAUAUGCAGACCUGUGCUCUCGGUAGACGAUGUGCUCACUCAUUUUCACGCUAUUUGACGGGGAGGAAAACAUUUUGCAUAUGAUCACAUUUGUAUUCUGACUGCGAAACGACGACAGAAUUGCAUCCUGGGGGAAAAUUGUACGUUGGAUAAAUUUUGAGUUUGCAUUUUUCCCAUAGAGACAAAUAGCUUCCUCUAAGGAAUUCCUUAUUUGGACAUAAUGCCGACUACAGGAAGCCACACAACAGCUGACAUGUGUAGCAGUUGGACUUCGACCUGACUGACCGGAGCCACAUUUAAGUGUAAAUGUAGUUAAAAUCUUACCAGGUCACAGUCCAGACACACAGCACAUGAAAUGGCCAAGUGUUACCGGGGUCUUUGUGUGAGUAAGUGAGUAAAUGUGCAUCCACAGACAGGGAUAUGAGUGGGGGGUGGUGGUCCGUUGCUCUGAAAAGCAACGCACUGCUCAAGCGCGUACGUGUGCUAUGAAGGCAUGGUGUUUCUCAUAAAGCAUUACUCUUAAUAUGCAAUAUGAUAGGAGAACGUGGCAGAGAUGCAGUCAGGCAGGAAGGAUGGACGAGAAUUUGUUUUGUGUUUUUGUUCCUCAGAAGUCUGUGCACCUCUGGCCAAGCAAGAGAAAUGGAAACAAAAGAUCUGGAGAGAAAUAAAACUUCACUGAUGUUGAAAUCGUC